AUGAGAGAUGAUGUCGACUCAAAUAGACGAGGUCCAAGAGGGUGGUUCCUACCUUACGAGCAGACAGAAGGUCACAGCAGGAGCUUCCGGUCGGUGGACAAGUUUAUCAGUGACAGGAGAACUGAUCGCGGGAGGAAUAACAGACCGCUGCAGGAUAGAGAGACCCCGGGGCCACAAGAUCCUUCCUAUCCAAAGUUAUCAGAAUAUAACUUCAACAUCAAUUCAUUUUUCGAUCAUCGGAAAAGUGUCACCGCUUCUUCGCAUUGCUCAAAAAGAAGAAUAACUUCGAUUGAACGCCGGAAUGUCGACAAGCCUCGAAGGAAAAAAUACUUGUCGAGCCUUCCUUUACUCUCGAAGCCUAAAGAAGGAGAAACAUUGUUGGUCUACCUGGCGGUCUCGGAAGUUGCGGUAAGCACAGUCCUGGUCCGGGAAGAAAAAGGUACGCAAUCCCCUACGUAUUACGUUAGCAAAAUUUUGUCGGGAGCAGAAACCCGCUACCUAUAUCUGGAAAAAUUGGCCUUAGCCCUCGUGGUGGCCGCCCGGAAGCUGAGGCCCUACUUUCAGUGCCACCCGAUAGCGGCGGUGACUACUUUUCCUCUGAGGAAUAUCCUCCAUAAACCCGAGAUCUCGGGUAUAUUGGCCAAAUGGAUCGUCCAAAUGAGCGAGUUUGAUAUAGAGUAUAAGCCUCGGACUGCGAUUAAGUCGCAGGUUUUGGCUGACUUCAUAGCCGAUUUCAGCCCAGGGUUGAUGCCCUUGGCCUCCAAAGAGGCAAUAAUGGUGUCAGAGCCAACAUCGGGAGUCUGGACCUUAUUUACGGAUAGAGCUUCAAAUGUGAAAGGGUCCGGGCUCGGAAUAGUCCUGGUCACGCCUUCGGGGGAAACCUUAAGGCAAGCCAUCAGGACGGUUACUUUAACUAACAAUGAAGCGGAAUAUGAAGCAUUGAUUACAGGGCUCGAAUUGGCCCAGGGCUUCGACUCCAAAGCAAUCAACGUCAAAUGUGACUCGCAACUGGUGGUAAAUCAGGGAAGAAAACGUGGAAGCAGCUGCGUUAGCAAAUCUGGCUCAUUAACAGAAAUUCAGGGACCAGAAUCUGGGACAAUAGUUCAACUGAUGAACUCAGCCUUAGACACGAAGGGUUACUAUAAGGUCAAUUCGACCAACCUGGUCUGGGACUGGAGAAACGAGAUAAUCGAUUAUCUUGAACACGGGAAACUACCCAAGGACCCCAAGUCAUCGAGAGCACUGCGCACUAAAGUCGCACGAUACAGCUUUGAGAAAGGGAAGUUGUGCAGGAAAUCAUUCCAAGGCCCGCUGGCCCGAUGCCUAGGAGCAUCUGAAGCAAGCUACAUAAUGAGAGAAAUCCAUGAAAGAAUAUGUGGUAACCAUUCGGGUGCAGAUGCUUUGGUGUUGCAAUUAGUCCAAGCGGGAUAUUAUUGGCCCCACAUGGAACUAGAUGCCAAAGACUUUAUACGAAAAUAUGAUGAGUGCCAACGCCACGCACCUAUGCUAUAUCAACCAGCAGAACCGUUACAUUCGAUCUUGUCUCCGUGGCCAUUCAUGAAAUGA